AUGUCACUUGCCACAAAGAUCCGCCGCAUGCGAAAGCCGCCGCCGGAGGGCUGGGAGCUCAUUGAACCCACGCUUGAGGAGUUCGAAGGCAAGAUGCGCGAAGCCGAGACAGAUCCGCACGAGGGCAAGCGAAAAACAGAGACUUUGUGGCCGAUUCUGCGGAUACAUCACCAGCGAAGUCGCUACAUCUACGACCUUUACUACAAGCGCGAGGCUAUCAGCAAGCAGCUCUACCAGUUCUGCCUAGAUGCGAAAAUCGUCGAUGCCCAGCUGAUAGCCAAAUGGAAAAAGCAGGGCUACGAGAAUCUGUGUUGUUUGAGGUGUAUCCAAGCGCGUGACACAAACUACGGAACGAAUUGCAUUUGCCGGGUACCAAAGUCGAAGCUGGAUGCGCGUGUCGUCGAGUGUGUACAUUGCGGCUGCCGCGGAUGCUCCGGA